CCAUCAAAUUAACCUUUUAUUCUUGCAUCAUGAAAGGGGAUUCUAUUAUACUCUGCGAUUUAAGGGAUUGGGGACCCUGUGAAUCUGGAGAAGCUGCUGGUGUGAUUUGCUCAGAGGCUCGCCUGGUGAAUGGCCCAAAUCCCUGCUCUGGGCAGAUAGAGCUCUUGCACAACCAAGAGUGGGGAACCGUGUGUGAUACCAGCUGGGACAUACAUGAUGCUCAGUUUGUAUGCAGAGAGAUGGGCUGUGGCAAUGCCCUCAAAGCAUUCAGAGGAGCUCAUCAUGGCCAAGGAUCUGGUCCCAUCUGGCUGGAGGGACUGAACUGUACGGGGAAAGAGGCAUCCCUGAGGGAGUGUCCCCGAAGCCCAUGGGGAGAGCACCACUGCAACCACAGCCAGGAUGCCAGCGUGGAGUGCACAGGAACCAGAUUGGUGAAUGGCACAAACCGUUGCUCUGGCAGAGUUGAAGUGUUUUUGAAUUUGAACCCGUGGUCAGUGUGUGAUAGCGGAUGGGACCUGCAUGCUGCUCAAGUCGUGUGCAGAGAACUUGACUGUGGACCUGCCCUGUCAGCCCCAGGAGGAUCUCUCUUUGGGACUGGAGAGGAUGUCAGAAACAUCCCUUAUGAACAUAAAUGUUUGGGAACAGAAGUUGCCUUGGACCAAUGUAUAUUUGAUUCAAGAAAUGGUUGUAGCACACGUGAAUCGGCUGGUGUUGUGUGCUCAGAUCUCCGUUUAAUGAAUGGCACAAGUCCCUGCUCAGGGAGGGUUGAAGUCUUUCACAAUGACACAUGGGGGACCAUUUGUGAUGCUGGCUGGGAUUUACAAGAUGCCCAAGUGGUCUGCAGGCAGCUGGGCUGUGGCAAUGCCUCCAAAGCAUUGGGCAGAGCACACUAUGGCCAAGGAUCGGGCCCCAUUUGGCUGGAGAGCAUCAACUGUACAGGAGAAGAAGAAUUCCUGAGGGAGUGCCAGAAAGGGAGCUGGGGAGAGCACAGUUGCAGCCACAGCCGGGAUGCCAGUGUGAAGUGUUCAGAAACUAGAUUGGUGAAUGGUCCAAACCAUUGCUCUGGGAGAGUCGAAGUGUUCCGGAAUGGGACUUGGGGAACAGUGUGUGAUGAUGGAUGGGACCUGAGAGAUGCUCAAGUCGUGUGCAGAGAACUCGGCUGUGGAGAAGCUGUGUCAGCUCCUGAAGAAGCCCACUUUGGAAAAGGAAAAGAUCCCAUCUUGAUAAAUGAAGUCCAAUGCAAUGGGACAGAGGUUUCUCUGUACAACUGCAUUUACAAAAUGCACACAUUAUACGAGUGUCGUCAUGAAGAAGAUGCCAGUGUUGUGUGCUCAGAUCUCCGUUUGAAUGGCACAAGUCCCUGCUCUGGGCGGGUUGAAGUCUUUCACAAUGACGCAUGGGGGACCGUUUGUGAUGCUGGCUGGGAUUUACAAGAUGCUCAAGUGGUCUGCAGGCAGCUGGGCUGUGGCAAUGCCUCCAAAGCAUUGGGUGGAGCACACUAUGGCCAAGGAUCAAGCCCCAUUUGGCUGGAGAGCAUCAACUGUACAGGAGAAGAAGAAUUCCUGAGGGAGUGCCAGAAGGGAGUCUGGGGAGAGCAGAGUUGCAGCCACAGCCAGGAUGCCAGCGUGGAGUGUUCAGUUAUUACAGCUGUUGAUUCCUCCCUUGAGAUCAGCAUUCACCUGGGAGUGGCUGCCUUGGUCUUCCUCGCCUUGGUGGGGAUUGUGGCUGAGGCUGAGUGCAGGAGAAGGAGGAAGACCAUCAGGAGGAGGAGGAGGAAGAGGAGGAGAGAGCAGCAAUAUGUGUACCAGGUUUGGUUGAGAGCAGGCCUCAGUUCCAAUUAUCCCAUUGAGUACAGAAGAAACAAGAAGCUAAAUCUCCGUUUAAUGAAUGGCACAAGUCCCUGCUCUGGGCGGGUUGAAGUCUUUCACAAUGAYGCMUGGGGGACCGUUUGUGAUGCUGGCUGGGAUUUACAAGAUGCCCAAGUGGUCUGCAGGCAGCUGGGCUGUGGCAAUGCCUCCAAAGCAUUGGGUGGAGCACACUAUGGCCAAGGAUYGGGCCCCAUUUGGCUGGAGAGCAUCAACUGUACAGGAGAAGAAGCGUCCCUGAAGGAGUGCCAAAAAGGAAGCUGGGAAGAACAGAGUUGCAACCACAGCCAGGAUGCCAGCGUGGAGUGUUCAGAUCUCCGUUUAAUGAAUGGCACAAGUCCCUGCUCUGGGAGGGUUGAAGUCUUUCACAAUGACACAUGGGGGACCGUUUGUGACACUGGCUGGGAUUUACAAGAUGCCCAAGUGGUCUGCAGGCAGCUGGGCUGUGGCAAUGCCUCCAAAGCAUCGAGCAGAGCACACUAUGGCCAAGGACCUGGCCCCAUUUGGCUGGAGAGCAUCAACUGUACAGGAAAAGAAGAAUUCCUGAAGGAGUGCCAGAAGGGGAGCUGGGGAGAGCACAGUUGCAGCCACAGCCAGGAUGCCAGCGUGAAGUGUUCAGAAACUAGAUUGGUGAAUGGUCCAAACCAUUGCUCUGGGAGAGUCGAAGUGUUCCGGAAUGGGACUUGGGGAACAGUGUGUGAUGAUGGAUGGGACCUGAGAGAUGCUCAAGUCGUGUGCAGAGAACUCGGCUGUGGAGAAGCUGUGUCAGCUCCUGAAGAAGCCCACUUUGGAAAAGGAAAAGAUCCCAUCUUGAUAAAUGAAGUCCAAUGCAAUGGGACAGAGGUUUCUCUGUACAACUGCAUUUACAAAAUGCACACAUUAUACGAGUGUCGUCAUGAAGAAGAUGCCAGUGUUGUGUGCUCAGAUCUCCGUUUGAAUGGCACAAGUCCCUGCUCUGGGCGGGUUGAAGUCUUUCACAAUGACGCAUGGGGGACCGUUUGUGAUGCUGGCUGGGAUUUACAAGAUGCCCAAGUGGUCUGCAGCCAGCUGGGCUGUGGCAAUGCCUCCAAAGCAUUGGGUGGAGCACACUAUGGACAAGGAUCGGGCCCCAUUUGGCUGGAGAGCAUCAACUGUACAGGAGAAGAAGCAUCCCUGAAGGAGUGCCAAAAAGGAAGCUGGGGAGAGCAGAGUUGCAGCCACAGCCAGGAUGCCAGCGUGGAGUGUUUAGGUACACGCCUUUCCCAGUUUUCCUUACUACAGCCUGCAGUAGGUUCAUCUCUCCUCAAAUCUGGCAUGAUCAGGAUGAGAGUCUUUCUUUUCUAUUACAAUCAGCUGUUCUACUUAAUAAAAAGUUUUGAGUGCAAUCUGAAUGACUGA